CAGCACUGCCAAGCAGCAGCGCGGUCUUCUCGCUUGGGCGACACACCACCGACACUUCGAAGUUCCGCGCGUGUCCGUGGAUGCGAACUCGGGACCGGCACACGACGCCAAAGUUGCAUCGGUGAAAGUAUCGGGAACCUCCAACAUGAACGAAUCCGUCCCCACUAUGGACCCACAGUGCAAGGGGGAACCUCCCCUGGCCAUGGACAUCAUCCUCCAGUUUGACCUCUUCUCCAUCAUCUUGUACUCUGUCCUCACCUUCAUGGCAACCACGUCCAUGCUGAUCUUCCUUGAGGAGUGUGUUUAUAUUUAUAAGAAAGUGCCAGCCAAUAAGAAGAGCACCAUCAUAUGGGUGACUGGAGCAGCACCGGUGAUCGGCACCAUGUCCUGUCUGGGAAUGUGGAUCCCCCGAGCCACCAUGUUUACUGAUAUGACCUCGGCAUGCUACUUUGCCAUCGUGGUAUUCAAGUUCCUCAUCCUGAUGAUAGAAGAGGUGGGCGGCGACGAGGCGUUCCUGCGGCGGGGGGCGAGACACAAAUUGAAGAUCAGCACAGGGCCGUGCUGCUGCUGCUGCCUCUGUCUGCCGUAUGCAGCUAUCACACGGCGUUGUCUUUUCCUGCUCAAACUUGGCUCUUUUCAAUUUGCUGUGCUCAAGGUCGUCUUCACCAUCCUCUCCAUCGUCCUGUGGACCAACGGAACCUUUGACCUGGCGGAUUUGAACAUCACAGGAUCUGCAAUAUGGAUCAACCCCUUUGUGGGCAUCCUGACGAUCAUCGCCCUGUGGCCCGUGGCCAUCACCUUCAUGCACCUCAGGGCCACCUUGCGCACCUUAAAGAUCAUCCCCAAAUACGCCAUGUACCAGCUCGUGCUGAUCCUCAGCCAGCUUCAGUCUGCCAUCAUCAACAUCUUGGCUUUAAAUGGAACAAUCGCCUGCGCACCGCCAUUCUCUUCCGCAGCAAGAGGAUACAUGAUGAGUCAGCAGCUACUGAUCCUGGAGAUGUUCAUCAUCACGUUGGUAACACGUCUGCUAUAUCGUCGACUCUACGACCCGCUGCCCGAGGAGGAGUAUGACGACAACGAGAACACCAAAAUGGUUCCUUUGCAGAAGGCUGUAUGAGUCAGUCUUAAUUGCUUGUAUGUUUUUGCGUCCUUGUGUUUGUGUGUGUUCAAAAGGAGAUUACGGGAUGUUCAAUUGACUGAGCAGACUCCUUGGUUGCACAAACUUUAUGGGGUGUCAUAACUUUUGCUGCCAAUUCUUCUCUGGUUCUUACCGUCAUAAGACCCUGAGAAGUUGGGCAAGAGCCUUUUAGCACAGCAACGACGUAUUUGAAAUGUAAGAGACAAUUCUUUCUUCAAUUUACAACUUUGAAAAGGGAGUGAAUAGUUAAAAGAUUUUUUUAUGAUGAUAAAUCUCUACUAACUGGCAAAUGAUUUCAAAUUAUUAUUAUUAUUUUUUUGAAAACAGUUCGGUUUUACCUCAUGUUCCCUACAAUAAUAUGAUAUGACUUUCAGUGUUUCUUUCAUGCUAGUGUCGUCAUAGAAAUGUACAGGAAACAGAUUUUAUUUACAGUGCAAAGUAAAUACUUGUCUUUUAGGAGACGCUAUUGCAUAAAUGACGAUGACAAUUUUUAAUACAUCUUUUAGUGUGUUGCUUUACCGGCAUUCUUGACAUGCACAAGACAUUCCAAAAACAAUCUGAUUCCCUGUUGUUGUUUUUUUUCUACUGCUUGCCUGCUAAUGUUUUUCCACUAGAUGGCAGUAAAAAGCAAAUUCUGACGUUUGACGGUAAUACAAUAAAAAUAGUAGAGACUAUA